UGCUCUGCCCGCCUAUUUCCUGUUUGCGUCACUCACUGACUGCCUUUAUCCUUCCUUAAGCGAGCGACAGACGGAGGCGCGAGGAUGUUGGCUACUAGAGUAUUUCGCCUUGUUGGUAAUCGGGCCUUGUCCACUUCCAUCUGCCUGCGUGGUGGACAUGGAGUUGCUAAGGUUGAGGACUACACACUGCCAGCAUACUUUGACCGACGAGAGAGCCCUCUUCCUGAUAUCAAGUUUGUGGAGCAGCUGAGUCCUGAGCAGAAGUCUCUAAAGGAAAAAGAGAAGGGAACCUGGGCUGUGCUGUCCAAAGAGGAGAAGAUUGCAUUAUAUCGCAUCAGCUUCAAGGAGAGCUUUGCUGAAAUGAACAAGGGAACCGGAGAGUGGAAAUCUGUAGUUGCAGGAAUUUUCUUUUUCAUUGGCUUUACUGGCCUAGUUGUCUUGUGGCAGAGGAAGUAUGUUUAUGGAGAUGUUCCCCAUACCUUUGACCCCGAAUACAAGCAGAAGGAGGUUCAGAGAAUGCUGGAUAUGAGGAUCAACCCCGUUGAGGGCUUUUCAGCCAAAUGGGACUAUGAAAACAAUGCUUGGAAGAAAUAAAUUGUAGACCAGGCCCACCCCUUCUAACUAAUAAUCCAACAAAACAGACAAGUAUUUUUUUUUCUCUCCACUGUUACUUCUGAAUGAUUUUGGAAGUUUGCUUCCUCUUAAGGCUAUGUAUCA